AUGGAUAAUUUUAUAUAUUCAGAUUUAUCUUCAUUUAGUUCCGACAGUGAAUAUGACAAUGAACAAAGAGAGAUGAUGGUGGUUGUGAGUAAGGAUCAAGAUGGAUAUGAGCCAAAGAUUGGAAUGAUGUUUUCAAAUGAAGAUGAAGCUUAUAAGUUUUAUAAUGGAUAUGCUAAAUUGGUUGGUUUUACUGUGAGAAAAUCAAAAUAUCGAAGAUUAGCAGAUGGAACCAUAAGUCAGAGAACAUAUGAUACUUGGAUUGUUUCUAAGUUCAUAGCGGAUCAUAAUCAUGAUCUUGUGAAAUCAUUUGCAGGAGCUACGUUAAGAUCACAAAGGCAUGUGGAUGAAGCACAUGCUAAUGUGAUUGAAGAUAUGGGCAAUGCUGGAUUAAAACAAUGUAGUGUGUAUUCAUAUUUUGUUGAAGCUGCUGGAGGAGCUGAAAAUGUUGGAUUUUUAAAAUCUGAUUCAAUGGAUGGGUUGCAACCUAAAACAAUUUUUGUUGAUCAGUGUCAAGCAAUGGCCAACGCUAUUAAAAGAGUUCUUCCUAGAUCUCAACAUCGACUUUGCUUGUGGCAUAUUGGCCAAAAUGCUGCUAAGCAUCUUUCUUAUUACUUGAGAAAACCUGAUUUUAAGGUUUUAUUUAAUAGGUGUCUCUACAAUUGUGGAUCAAAAAAGUUUGAAUCAGUUGGCCUCUUAUGUCUUCAUGCAUUGAAAGUACUUAACUUUCACAAUAUUUUUGAAAUACCUUCUCAAUAUAUCUUGAAGAGAUGGACAAAAAAUGCUAAAGAUGGUCUUAGUAUAAGCAACAAUGGCAUCUAG